AUGACAAUUGACAAGUCUAAUAAGUACGACAGGCAAUUGAGACUAUGGGCAUCAACAGGACAAUCCAAUCUUGAGCUUAGUCAUAUAUGUCUCAUAAAUGGCACUACCACUGGUUCCGAGAUACUCAAAAACUUGAUUUUACCUGGGAUCGGUAAUUUCACUAUUAUUGAUGAUAAAGAAAUUACUACUAAUGAUUUGGCCGGUAAUUUCUUCUUAACCAACGAUAAUAUAGGCCAAUUGAGGGCCAGUGCAUUAUGUGAAAGUCUUAUGGAAUUGAAUGAAGACUCUAAGGGUCAUGCCAUCACCGAUUCUUUAGAUGAAAUUGACGAUUCAGUUUGGGAUAGGUUCAAUGUGGUUGUUGUAAGUGAUUACAUCGAUCCGGAAUUUUUAGAUACUUUGAAAACAAAAUUGUUCAAGAAAGAGAUUCCAUUAUUUAUUGUGAACACUGUAGGUUUCUACGGGACUAUCAAUUUAAUUAUAAACGAGAUAACUGUUAUUGAGACCCAUACUUCACAAUUAUUCGAUUUGAGAAUAGACCAACCAUGGCAAGAAUUGUCGGAACUUUCUGAUAGUUAUCAAUUAGACUCUCUUGAUGAUUCAGAUCAUGCACAUGUACCUUAUGUUAUUAUCCUUAUGCAAGCACUUCGAUCGUGGAGUGAUUCUCAUAAUGGGCCACCAACUACAAUGACUGAAAAGAGACAGUUCAAAAAAUUUGUUCAAGACCAAUCUAGAAAUUUCACUUUUGAAACCAAUUUCAAUGAAGCCGUAAGUUCAGUGUUUCGGGCUUACCAAAAGACUCAAGUACCCUCUAUGGUAAAACUGUUAAUGAAUAAUGAUAAGAUUUCAGAUAAGAACUUGAAUAAUGAAACUCCAUUUUUCUGGAUCUUGAUAAGAGCCCUCAAGAGUUUCGUAGAAUUGUAUGGGAACCUCCCUUUGCCAGGUACUUUGCCUGAUAUGGCUUCGGAUACCAAUAAUUACAUAACGUUACAAAACCUAUAUAGAGACAAAGCUGCGAAGGAUAAGGAAUUAUUUAUAGAAGAGGUGAAGAGGGUAUUGACGAUCAUUGGUAGACUCGAUGGGUUGACUGCUUUAGAAAUAGAAUUGAUCAAUAUCUUUUGUAAAAACAGUCAUUCCAUCCAUGUAACUUCAGGAAGUUCCCAAAUGACUAGUAAAUCCCUUCUUGAGCAAAUGUUAAGUAAUAAGAGUAAUGAUUAUGACAACGAAGAGUACAAUCAUUUGGCAAUAUACUUCGGUAUAAUGACUUUCAACCAUUUCAUCAAACAGAAUAAUCAUGUUCCAGAAGAAUCUGAUUAUGAUAACUUUAUCAAAUUGUUUAGUGAAGUAUUCGAAUGUCAUCCUGAUUUACCUUUAUCUGCCCUCAAAACCUUCAAAGAGAUUGUAUGUCAUAGUUCGAGUCAUUAUCAUAACAUCAGUAGUCUCAUGGGUGGUAUAGCUUCUCAAGAAGUAUUGAAAAUUGCCACAUCCCAAUACGUGCCACUCGAUAAUUUAUAUGUGUUCGAUGGAAUCCGUUCCCAGAGUGAUAAGUACAAAAUUUAA